UGUUGUAAGCGUUACGAAAGCAUGACUUGGCAUCCGUAACUGCGCCAUCAACUAAAUAACCUCACACAUGGCUGGAUGUGAAUGGCUAGGUUAGGACUUCGUCUGGCACGGUCGUUCAUACUUCAGCCCGGUUUUGUCGCGAUCAGAUUACUGUCGGCUGUCGGCAUGGAAGACAUGGGUCUGGCAAUGAGCCGUUCGCCACUCGAGCGGCUCGACUUCGACAACGUCGUCCUCAAGAAACUGCCCCUGGACGCGGCGGAGGAGCCCGGCGUGCGGACGGUGAAGGGGGCAUGUUUCUCCAGGGUCAAGCCGCAACCGCUGAGCAAGCCCAGGUUCGUGGCGGUGUCGAACGAAGCCCUGGCGUUGCUCGGGCUCAGCGGGGAUGAGGUGCUGGACGACGUCCUGGGUCCGGAGUAUCUCAGCGGGUCGAAGGUGAUGCCGGGAUCCGAGCCGGCUGCGCAUUGCUACUGCGGGCACCAGUUCGGUCAGUUCGCCGGGCAGCUGGGCGACGGGGCAGCCUGCUACCUGGGGGAGGUGAGGGCUCCGGCCGACCAAAGUCCCGAGCUGCUGCGCGAAAACCCGAGUCGCAGAUGGGAGAUUCAAGUGAAGGGAGCUGGGCUGACUCCUUAUUCCAGACAAGCUGAUGGCCGUAAGGUCCUACGUUCCAGUAUCAGGGAGUUUCUGUGCAGCGAGGCAAUGUUUGGUCUGGGAGUGCCCACCACGAGAGCUGGCUCAGUAGUGACCUCUGACAGCAGGGUUAUAAGAGACGUGUACUACAGCGGGAACCCCCGCCAUGAGAGAUGCUCGGUGGUCCUUCGCAUUGCUCCCACUUUCCUGAGGUUUGGAUCCUUUGAGAUAUUUAAGCCGGCUGAUGAGAACACAGGAAGACAGGGUCCCAGCUAUGGACGUGAUGAGAUUAGAGGCCAGAUGAUGGAUUAUGUCAUUGAGAUGUUCUACCCUGAGAUCCAGCAGAAUCACCCCGACAGGGUGGAGAGAAACGUGGCUUUCUUCAGAGAAGUUGUGUUGCGUACUGCUCGACUUGUGGCCCAGUGGCAGUGUGUGGGAUUUUGCCACGGAGUGCUGAACACGGAUAACAUGAGCAUCCUGGGACUCACACUGGACUAUGGACCAUUCGGUUUUAUGGACAGGUUUGAUCCAGAUUUCAUUUGCAAUGCCUCAGACAACUCUGGCCGUUACUCCUACCAGGCCCAGCCAGCUAUAUGCAGGUGGAACCUGGUAAAGCUAGCAGAGGCGCUAGCCCCAGAGCUGCCGCCGGACCGGGCCGAGGCUGUUAUGGAUGAAUACCUGGACCUAUAUAACGGUUUCUACCUUGAUACAAUGAGGCGUAAGCUCGGUUUGCUGAAGAAGGAAGAGCCCGAGGACGAGAUGUUGAUCACUGAGCUGCUGCAGACCAUGCACGACACAGGUGCUGACUUCACCAACACCUUCCGCAGCCUGAGUCAAAUCCCCUGCCCCGCCGAGGGAGAUGGUAAGGGAGAGGAGGGCUUAGUCAAACAAGCCACAGACUUGCUGCUGGAGCAGUGCGCCUCCCUCGAGGAGCUCAAGGCUGCCAACAGGCCCACUAUGGAUCCGCGUGAGCUGGCGAUGCUGCUAUCCAUGGCUCAGAGCAAUCCAUCUCUGUUCCAGAUGAUCUCUGACAGGAGGACAAUUGCCAGGCAGCUGGAGAAACUCAGCAAACUGAAAGAGCUGAUGGAGAGCAGCAAAGAGGAGCUGAGGUCCAAACAAGCUGAGGACUGGACACGCUGGAUAACCAGCUACAGGAAGCGUCUGGCAAGAGAGCUGGAGGGGCAGAGUAACAACCAGGAAGUGCAGGAGGAGAGGGUGAGAGUGAUGGACAGCACCAACCCGUGUGUGGUGCUCAGGAACUACAUUGCCCAGAAUGCUAUUGAGGCUGCUGAGAACGGAGACUUCUCUGAGGUCCAGCGGGUCCUGAAGCUUCUAGAAAAGCCUUUCUCUCACCAGGCUGGUCUGGAGCACUCUGCAUGGGUGGGCAGAGGUGGUACAACAGAGCAAAUGGAGCGAGAUGAGGGAGGCGAGGAGCAGCAAGACAUGGCGUCGACAUCAGCCGCCAGAACUCCCAUUCUUUACGCUAGCAAGCCCCCUGCUUGGGCCAAUAAAAUCUGUGUCACCUGAUCCUCAUAACGCCUUCCUGGACAUUAAGCUAGCCUACCUAAAUCAAUAGAGAAAGUUUGUCAAUCCCUCCCUCACAUCUCUGUCUUUCACUGUUAUCAUGUCACCCCCCCACCCGCCACCCCAUUCAUGAUACAACUCUCUCUAUUGGUUUUGCAGGCAGUGUCAUGGAAGGCAAAAUGAGAUGUGGCACUCCUAGUCUCCUAGUCUACACAGUGGUUCAGCAGAGGGGGAAUUGGUCGAGGACCUGUAGCAAAAUGAGAAGGAGGGAAUCAAAGAUGUGACAUUGUCAUGUCCGAUGUGGAUCUUUUUACCAUUUGUCAAAGUCUUCAACCAGGCCUCAGACUAUUCCCGCUUCUGCUUUGUGUUUAGCUGGGCAUUGAUGAUGACUCCAAACAUCCAGUCCUACAGUGACCUGUUUGAGUCGGAUUAAAUAUGGAGUAUCACCUCAACAAAUACCAAAUGACUGUGUGUGUGAGUGUGUGCGCAUGUUGUGUAUGAGAACGGAAAAGAAUUAUUUUACUUGAAUGACUAAGCCGCAAAGGGUAAAUACGCACAGUAUACUCAAGUUAUUCCAGUUUACCAUAUCCAUAGCAGCACUGUUUUUUUUUCUUUUUAAAAACAAAAUCAACAUUUAAUCCAUAGAUUUACUGUCUGUUAGGCUGUAACGGCUGCUUAUAUGGUCGGUACACCACUGCUAUCACAUCCUGGUUACCACACCCCUCAAAACCUUUGUCAAUUGUGGUUUCCCCUUAUAUAACAAGGCUACCACCAUGACACGAGAUUGCAGCUUUUAUAGUUAUAUUUUUGUUUAACAAAUGUGAACUAUAUUAUUUAGAGAUACCUUAACCUUUACACAUAAAUAAAGUGGUGAGUA